UUUCUUUGAGCUUGUCGACAAGAGCUACAGCAAUGGAAUCGACGAAGAUAGCUUAAUUGCCUCUCCGACUUCCUGGAGCGAUUUAAAUGGCGACGGAGAUGGUGGAACCUACGCAGAUGGAGAAUAUCUUGUUGCUCCUCCAGCUUGGUAUCACCACGCCUAUAA